AUGGGCCCCGCCUGGCUUCAAAAGAAUCGUCCACCAAUAAGUCGACGUCAUACAAAGAUUCAUCAGGGCACAGCAUAUGUCCAUCUCUCAAAAUAUUGCCAAAUAAUCCCGCAGAACUUUUUAAAUACUUUAAAUAAAUUUCCGUUUUGGAGCAACCGAUACCAGUGCUCUGCAUUUAGGGCUCUUACAAUAACUCCUAACGUAUUAGAUAGAUUUAAAGCUCCAUACAUUAUGGUUGUCGUUGUUGAGAUGAACCUUAUAAUAUCUGCAAAGCGGAAGUUCAUGCAUGAUCAAAUUCCUGCACUUAUCAUUGGCUUUGACCUAGUCGAUUCAAUCUGUGUCGGUUUCACAGCAACACUUGCCUACAUGACAUAUUCUGAAACCCAGAACAUGGAAAAUUGUCCAAUUGUUUUCUAG